AUGACGUCGUCAGAAAAGGACAUUGAUCCCAUCACAGGCAUUGAUGUGAAUUGUGAGGGCACCAAUAAGCGUCCAAACUCCGAGGCCACUGAUUACCCACGGAGACGGGCCACAAUCGCUAUAUGUCGAUUACGCAAGACGCGCUGCAAUGGCGCCCGUCCCAGAUGCCAGCUGUGUACAGACCUCGAUGCUGAGUGUACGUACCGAGAACCAGGAAUCAAGCUUGAUAUGGGCGACAAGUUGAUUCUGGAACACCUUGUCCGGAUCGAAGGUCUGCUGCAUGCCAAUUUACCGACAUCCGGGCCUCAAUCCAUAUUAUCAUCAAGCUCUCCGACCACAAGUCAUGACAACAAUGCUGGGAAUGAUGAUACAUUGACCCAAAUAGCAAAUAGAGCCCCAGCGUGGAAAAUGUCGGCGGGGCUUGCAUCUUGGGUCAAUCCACCAUCGGGAAUUAGUAUCUCUACGAUGCCCCGGGUGCAUACCACCCCAGGCUUGCACCUUCUUCAAUGGCCCUUAGUGCGUGAUUUGGUCUCAAAGCCUUACGAUCCGCAGAGUCUUCUUCAGCUGGAGAUGGCCCGUGAGCCAUUAAAAAUGACACCAAACUCUGGGUAUGACCUAGAAAAUGUGUCUAUCUAUGUGCGGGCUUUCUUUGAACAUGCUAAUGUCUGGUAUGCCUGUGUAAGCCCUUAUUCUUGGAACCGGUUCUAUAGAUCCGCUCUUAUACAAGGGUUUCGAGAAGGACCAGUUAGCUGUCUUGUCAUGCUUGUUCUGGCUCUAGGAUGUGCCAGCCGAGAGGGCAGCAUGGCACUCGUGCCUCCAGACCAUGAACCGCCUGGGCUCUCAUACUUUGCCACUGCUUGGAAUCUCCUACCAUCUGUUAUGAUGCAUAAUUCUGUCAUGGCUGUCCAGUGUAUGGUUCUUGCUUCGGCCUAUUUAUUCUACUUAGUUCGUCCGUUGGAAGCCUGGAAUUUACUUUCAACGGGGAGCAUGAAAUUACAAUUGCUACUGGGUGAUUCAACCCGUGUGCCAGCACAAUGGAGAGAGAUCAGCAAACGCCUGUUCUGGAACUCGCUCUUGUACGAGAGCGAUCUUUUGGCGGAACUCGAUCUUCCUCACUCCGGUAUCGUGAAUUUUGAGGAGUUUGUCGACCUCCCAGGGGGCUUUGAGGAGGAAGAGGAAGACGGGGAGGAUGAGGAGGAGGUAGUGGAGAGUAGGAACCCAGAUGGUGACGAUCAUCACCCUAACAGACGCCCCACUGUUAGACAUACUGGAGACCCACCAGGUCGAGAUGAGCUAUGGUACUUCUUGGCCGAGAUCGCUCUACGGAGACUCUUGAACCGAGUCAGUCAUCUAAUCUACCAAAAAGACCAUCCACAUACACUUGUCUCGCUGGGACCAAUAGUGUCGGAGCUGGACUUCCAGCUAUCACAGUGGCAUGACAGUCUACCACAAACGGUAAAAUUUCCUCUUACACAUAUCCCACUCUCCAACCCCGUGCAAACAGUUCUCCGGCUUCGCUAUAAUGCAUGUCGCACCAUCAUCUACCGUCCCUAUAUUCUGGCAGUAUUUCAAAAUGAACAAGCUGGCGUGGACCCGAACGUGCGAGAGUGCUGUCGAAGGUGUCUAGAUGCCACAAUGCGUCAACUUGAACACAUCACUAGCCACCGAGAGGGCCAUCUCCCAUAUCUUUGGCAGGGUGCCUUGUCGAUGGUGUCCCAGACCCUUCUGAUAAUGGGUGCUACCAUGUCACCCACUCUGUCCAUUCUCCUCCCGGCCCCGCCUCGUGUGGAUGCUAUCAUCUCUAACGUAAUUGCCGAAGUUGAUAGAUAUAAACACCUGGCACCAAGCCUGGAAUUGUCUGCAGAGAUCAUUCGUGAUGCCGAAAGACGACGGCAAAUCUGGCUCCGGUCACCUGGCAUUGUUGUUCUAUGA